AUGGUAGCGACCGAAGGGAUCAAGCUAAAACAGCUUCAAGCGACGUGUCAGGCACUUCGAGAUGAAGUCACUGCAUUAUACGAACAACGAGAUCUUCAUCUGAAGGAUGAGACGCGUCAAAAAGAACGUCAGUGGCGUGUGCUUUUUCUCUUAAGUGCGAUGAAAUCGGGGUUACGUGAGACGUUUUUAGAGGCUGAGACACGUCGGACACGGGUGCACGAACAAAAGAACGUGGCCGAGACGCAUCAAUUACAAUUACAAAAUUUAUUGUAUGAAAAGGAUCAUUUAUUGCGUGAAAUUCAACGUUGUCAAGGUUUUAAUACCAAAGAAAUGGACAAAAUUGAGUUUACGGAUGGGGCUGUCCCAAUAAAAGUGGACUUUGAUGUACAUCGGCAACAUUUGGAUCAGCUUACCUUCGAGUUACAUGCAAGAAAAAGUCUGCAGCUGGAAUUGAAAGAACUACGAGUAAAAAUUGCUAAAGUGGAGGAGACGACUGAGAUGAAACAAGCUUUUUUGGAUGCAUUACCAGAUCAGUUGAAUGGAAUUGAAGCUGCUACAAUGGGAUUGCAAAAAUACAUGGGCGAACCAAAAUCAGCUCAGCAAAAAAAACAUGAACAUGCUGCAAUGGAACUUGCGACUCCAUUAUAUGCACUUUAUUGUGAAUUGGAAGCAUAUCAAAGUGCUAGUGGAGAUGCAGGGAAGCAAUUGAUGCUCGAGGUUGUUGAUUCAGUGGGUACCAAGCACGUGGGUGCAUUUCGCAAACGGAGCUUUCCAUUGGCACUUGAUCGACAGGAACAAGUGACAACUAGAGUGAAGAGAUUGAAAACAUCGUCACGCUCUCCAUCUACUAGUAUUACUAGAGUGAUUUCGACACCAUGUGUACCCUCUCGUUCACCGUCAAUGAAACGUGGAGCGGAUGCAGUUCAAGAGCCGCCGGAAUGUGGAGAGAUUGUAGUACCAACGCAUACUGCGGAGAAGCUGUUGGAAUUGCGUCCUCAUGCAUCACCAUUAGAAGAGGAAGAGACUAAGGACGAAACAGUGGGAUCGAAGACUUUUCAUCAAGACCCAGAUGAACUAGUCGAUGCUACAUCUGCGUCCGCCUUAAAUCUAUGGAAACCACAUGCAAAGGCUUUACAGCUGACAGCUUCCGUCCAGGUCCCUCUUGAUGCCGACAAGAGCGGACAGUCGACAAAGAACGUCUCAGGCUCUUUUACCGUGAUGUUUCAAUACUUUCCAGUGGCCAAGAUUGUCACGGCCGAGGUUGUGAAAACUGUCCCUGCAAGCUACAAUCAAGGCAACCACCAGCGAAAUAUCUUGAUGAAUCUAUUCCCUGGUGACGAUGGGCUGACCGUACCUCAAUUGGCUGUGAACUACACGUUUCAACAUGACAGCGAAGAUGGGCGAGUUGAAGUAGAGUUUCCUGUGAAUGCUACAUGCCGACCGUACUACUGGGCACAGUGGAUCUGCGGUCUGAACCCGGUAAAGCGCCUAGAUCCGUCCCGAAUGGACACUAAUGCUACUUAUCGUCGACCAGAGCCGUCAGUACGUAAUGUCAUGAACCAACUUGUGAAGCGUUUCGUGGCUACAGCGGUGCUCAAGAAGCACCUAGACCUGCUGGCCCGAUCCGUUGAUGCUUCAAAUCAGUCAGUAGACGACGACACACACUUUGUACAUCCGCUUGCGCGCCAUUUGUUCCCACAAAAAGUGAAGACCCAUCUCGAGGAGUGGAAGGAAUUUCCCGUGCCACCGCAAGAUGUUUUCCAGUUUUUCAAAGAGAGUGCUGCUCCACCAAUGCGUCCGUACGCCCAUUUCCAAUUGUCCACGUUAGGCUGUCAAUACUUUCGUGCUUGCUUUAAAAAUGGUCCGACAAAGGUGUCUGCUAUCGUUGAGAUAUCGCCAGAGUACCCUUUGCGUGCCCCACGUUUCAUGUUCCAGCCACGUUCGUCGAUAAGCAGCAAAGCAAUGAACAAGGACCAGCUCCCGCUUUACGAGAAUCAAUUGAAGGAAAUUGAGAUUGAAGUCAAUGCGUACUACGACGAACUGAUUCCUAAGGGCAGUGAGCAUUUUCUUCUUCUCCAUCAGCUCCGCAAGAUCGAGCUUUGCUUUGACGUUUUAUGCAGUGCUGUAGCUACUGGCGACACUGAGCUGUCGUUCUCUUUUGGCCGCGAGCGUCGUGGUAAAGGCCGUCGUCAAGCCAUGGUCAUGGAUACUGCAGCCAAGGAAAUGCGUCACCGCUAG